AUGUCCCCCAGUCGGCGUCCUCCGCUGCUGGCCGCAGCGCCGCUCCUGCUGCUGCUAUGUGUGGGUGCGAGCGCCUACCGCUCAUCACCUGCCUCCUCAUCCCUGCACCGCACGACGGGCGGCACCACCGCCACGAGCAGCCUCAAGGCAAUCGAGUGGCUGAUGCGCCGCGGUGGUGAGGGCAUGAAGAGCCCCGCGUACCUGCUGAUCAAGUACGAGGUGCCCCCGACACUGCACGACCGCUUCAUUGAGGAACUGGAUCGCCACGACAAGGUGUUGCGCGAUGUCAAGGGCCUUAGCUUCUACCAGAAGACCAAGGACAUGGACGACAACGUCAUGUUCUGGAGCUACACGGAGUGGGACACAGUCGGCGACCUGAUGGACCACUGCGAGUCCACCGCGUUCAAGGACUUCCACAACUGGGUGGAUGACAACGACAUCCUGGUGGAGAUGUUCCCGCUGGAGGCGCUCGGAGAUGAGAAGCGGCUGCCUCCUCCCGCUUCGGACUGCAGCGCAGUCUGCUGCUGUGCUUCGUACCAACGCCUUGCGCUCAUCCACUGGCUUCUCCCGCCGUGCCCUACAUUUUCCCCUGAACAGGAGUACCGCGCGGAUCGCGAGGGCGAGAAGGCCGCCACCGCCGCCCGUGCCGCCGCCGCCAAGGACCUGGAGCGCCGCCGCCGCCGUGGUCGUGAGAUCGAGGACUUCGACCCCCGCGAGGAGACCGCCCACUUUGCCAUCCGCUUCCACAUCAUGCCAUCACAGGAGGAGGACUUCCUGAACUUCGUCCAGGAUGUGCAGAAGCGCGUGGUGAAGGAUGAGGACGAGAACCGCUUCUUCGUCCUCCGCAAGUUCGCCACCAUGAACCACCACUACCUGAUUCGCGGCGCCUGGGACACCUUCGAAGGCUACCUGGACCACAUCACCUCCAAGCACUCCAUGAACUUGCGAGGGUUCGCCAAGGACAACAACAUCGAGUGGUACGGCAUUCCCUUCCGUGUGCUCUAUACCAGCGAGGAUACCACCGAGUACAAGGUUUGA